CUCUCUUCAAUACACCACUUUGAAAUCUCAAAACAAAAAUAAAGACUAAACCAAAAAUAAAAAAGAGCGAUAAAAAUGGCUAGGGGAUAUCGUUUUUUCAUCAUCCUUUCGGUAAUCUCAUUGUUUGCAGAGACAAUUGAUUCUCGAAUACUAGAUCGUCAUAGUUUUCCAGAUGGUUUCAUUUUUGGAACGGCUGCUUCUGCGUAUCAGUACGAAGGAGCAACAUCUGAAGGUGGAAAGUCUCCAGCUAUAUGGGACCACUUCAGCCGCUCUUACCCAGAGAGGACCAAAAUGCAUAACGCGGAUGUAGCAAUUGAUUUUUAUCACCGUUAUAAGGAUGACAUCAAGUUGAUGAAGGAGUUAGACAUGGACGCUUUCAGAUUCUCAAUCUCGUGGGCCAGAUUAAUUCCCAGUGGAAAGCUAAAGGAUGGAGUAAACAAAGAAGGUGUACAAUUCUACAAGGAUCUUAUCGACGAACUUCUUGCUAAUGACAUACAACCUUCAAUGACACUAUACCACUGGGACCAUCCACAAUCUUUGGAGGACGAAUAUGGUGGCUUUUUAAGCCCUAAAAUUGUAGAAGAUUUUCGAGAUUUUGCAAAAGUUUGUUUCGAAGAGUUUGGAGAUAAAGUUAAAAUGUGGACAACGAUCAAUGAGCCGUACAUUAUGACUAUUGCGGGUUACGACCAAGGUAACAAGGCGGCUGGACGAUGCUCCAAAUGGGUAAGCGAGAAGUGUCACGCUGGUGAUUCGAGUACUGAGCCUUACAUUGUUUCGCACAACGUUCUUCUAGCUCAUGCCGCUGCAGUAGAUGAAUUCAGAAAAUGUAAAAAGACUUCAGCUGAUGGUCAAAUUGGGAUAGUUUUGUCACCAAGAUGGUUUGAGCCGUAUCAUUCUGACUCUACCGAUGAUAAAGAAGCAGCUGAACGAGCUCUUGCUUUUGAAUUUGGAUGGCAUCUUGAUCCAGUGAUUCAUGGAGAUUAUCCAGAGAUAGUAAAAAAAUAUGCGGGGAAAAAGUUGCCUUCAUUUACCCUGGAACAAUCAAACAUGUUGAAAAAUUCAUCAGAUUUUGUUGGAAUAAAUUACUAUACAGCGCGUUUCGCUAGUCACCUUCCUCACAUCGAUCCAGCAAAGCCUCGGUUCAAAACUGAUCAUUACGUCGAAUGGAAACUGACUAACCACAGUGGCCACAUCAUCGGACCUGGGGAUGAAAGAGGAUUAAUAUUGUCAUACCCGGAGGGCUUGCGGAAAGUUCUAAACUAUAUCAAAGAUAGAUACAACAACAUGCCGGUCUACAUUAAAGAAAAUGGAAUCAACGAAAACGACGAUGGUACAAGGCCGAGAGAAGAGAUUCUUAAGGAUACAUUUAGGAUUGAGUACCAUGACAAACAUUUCCAACAACUUCAUAAAGCUAUAGUGGAAGACGGGUGUGACGUAAGAGGAUAUUAUGCAUGGUCAUUGAUGGACAACUUUGAAUGGGAACAUGGAUACACUGCUAGAUUUGGUCUUUACUAUGUUGACUUUGUCAAUGGUCUCAAACGUUAUCCAAAAGACUCGGUCAAAUGGUUUAAGCGGUUCCUUAAUAGAUCGAACGGAGAGACUAGAGAAGUGAAAGAGGUGUCACGUGAGAAGUCACGUUCUGAUGGAAAUAAGACUUUGCAUGAGCAAGUAAGUUUUGAUGAAUCAGCGGGAUUUUUUGUAUCUUUCAUGGCGGCGAACCAAUCCAGGAGAGAUGAAGAGCAAAAUCGAUGUUCAUUUGAUUCUACUUAUCCAGCGUCAUUUUAUUGAUUUUAGAACCCUUAUGGUUGAAUAUGUGCAAACAUUUUUCAGAAGGAAAUGAAAGAAUAUAAAUAGUAAUUUAUUUCAA